AUGGCCGGUGUGAUGCUUCGAUAUACAGGAACAUUUCUACGACGUUUGAGACCAUCUUAUCGCCCGAAGGUGUCUGCACCAGUCUACGAAUCACUUAAAGCAUUGAACAUUUUUAAACCGUAUCGCUUAAAUCGUGGAGGGAAGGGGAAGUUAUCCAGUAAAGGUAGAAUUCAAACAGUG